AUGCACCCCCAUGAGCACCGCGCCGAGCAACUCCAGGCCGAUAAGCCCCCCACGAUGGACGGCGCGGAGGAAAUCCAAGAGGAGGAGGCUCCCCAAGUUGCAUCUACAAUGCCGGAGGAGCAGUUGUCCCCUGAGAAGGCCCCGUUAGUUCGGUCUUUCGGGCUUUCAGGCACAAAGGGCUGGCCGGCAUCGUUGAGCAUUCAUGCCUUGACCGACUUGACGUGUUUCUCCGCUACGGCAUUUGCCCGAAAGGCGUUCAAUGUGAAUACUGCCGCUUGGCCCGGUGGCCACGUGCCGCAUGCCGGCCGUGCCGUGAAGCUUGACAAGCGUCAGCGAGACUCUUUGAAGGAGCUGAGCGAAGCGGCACUGCUCGGGUUGCUCUUGCCUCACCUCAACACCCGCGUUUCAAAGUUGAAUCUGCCCCAGGGUGCGGCAGACACGGUGCUCCUGAUGGAGCAGCAUUUGGCUUCCUUGCCUCAUGAGCCUGAGGGGCAUAGCAUGGCGGCCUGGAAGAUCAAUCAGCUGAAUCGGUUCUUGCGCCAGAUGAGCUUUAUGCGCUUGAUUCGACUCGCCCCUUGCAGUGACCAGGGUGCCAUUAAAGAUGUGCUGGCACGCCUGCAGGGUAGCGAGGCCACUACUCAGCAACAGGUCUGA